GGGGAGGGAAGAGGGUUGCUUCUGCCAUCGCCGCCAACCUAUUGACCCCGAUCUAUUUCUCUCCACUUCAGCGCUCCCUCCUCCCUCUGUCACUUUCUCACUUCUCCAACGAUCUUGAUCCUGACUUCUCCCCGUCACCCUCAUCUCUCUACAGAAAACUCAUCAAUCACAAGAAAUCACAACCAAUCCACAAACAAGAUGGCCGACGCGAACGCCUCGCCCGCCGGCGGUGAUGCCCCGGCUCCCGCCGAGCACCUGAACAUCAAAGUCACCGACAACAACAACGAGGUCUUCUUCAAGAUCAAGCGGUCAACCCAGCUGAAGAAGUUGAUGGAUGCGUUCUGCGAGCGUCAGGGUAAACAGCCUUCGACCGUCCGUUUCCUGUUCGAUGGUACCCGUGUGCGUCCUGAGGAUACGCCAGACACUCUCGAAAUGGCCGAUGGAGACACCCUUGAAGUCCACCAGGAACAGAUCGGUGGUUAAAUAGAGAAAACCUCUUGUUCUUCUUCUUAUCCCGAUGAAUUAAUGACGAAUAUGGUCUUUUUCUUCCCUUACAUACAUCUUCCUCCAAUCAACAUUUAGCCAGUCAUGCUUUUCCGCCUUCAAUACUUCUUUCAUCCACAUUCUUCUAUACGCCUUCUUUCUUAAAUGUGUCGCAUUUGGAAGGAGGUACAAGUUAAAAAAAACCGGGCGCAAAUUGGUGUUUUCAGCACGGUGUGGGGGACCCUUUCGAACCCACUUCAGCGCGGAGCUUUUUUUUUUUCCAAGGGGAUAAGGAAGUCUUAAACUGAGUCGGGAGUGGGGG